GUCUGAUGCUUUGUCUGUUUUGUGCUGGCUGCUGGAGAUGAGCCUAGGCUUGACCUGACCAUGAUUCUAAGGACUGGCAUUUCUUUUUUACCCCCAAUUUGUAGAGAUCCAGACCUUCUCUUCCUGAUUGUCAAGAAAAUUAAAUUAUUGCUGAUUUUGGGAAUCUAGGCAGCACCAGCUUACUUUUUCCCCGUGUCUCUCUGGAAUCGUUUCUGGGAUAUUUUCCAAAUCAUCACAGAAGGCAGGAGGAAUGAACCGUCAGCUAGUGAAAAUUUUGACAACCUUGUUUGCAUUUUUCUUAGAGACAAGCCACUUCAGGACGACUUUCUGUAAAGAACAUGAUUCAAGAUCUGGAAAAUCCCCCUCACAGACACUGUCUCCUUCAGAUUUUUUGGACAAAUUGAUGGGAAGGACAUCGGGGUAUGAUGCUAGAAUCAGACCAAAUUUUAAAGGUCCUCCAGUAAACGUUACUUGCAAUAUUUUUAUCAACAGUUUUGGAUCGGUCACAGAAACCACAAUGGACUACAGAGUGAACAUUUUUUUGAGACAGCAGUGGAACGACUCACGCCUGGCUUACAGUGAAUAUCCUGAUGAUUCCUUGGAUUUGGAUCCAUCUAUGUUGGACUCUAUUUGGAAGCCCGAUUUAUUCUUUGCCAAUGAGAAGGGAGCAAACUUCCAUGAUGUCACAACAGACAACAAGUUGCUGAGGAUUUCUAAAACUGGAAAAGUGUUGUACAGUAUCAGGCUUACUUUAACCUUAUCCUGUCCCAUGGACUUGAAGAAUUUUCCUAUGGAUGUACAGACAUGUACAAUGCAACUAGAGAGCUUUGGCUACACCAUGAAUGAUCUGAUAUUUGAGUGGCUAAGUGAUGGACCUGUGCAAGUUGCAGAAGGAUUAACCUUGCCACAGUUUAUAUUGAAAGAAGAUAAAGAACUUGGUUAUUGCACAAAACAUUAUAACACUGGAAAGUUUACAUGCAUUGAAGUCAAGUUUCAUUUGGAGCGUCAGAUGGGAUACUAUUUAAUCCAGAUGUACAUUCCUAGCCUGCUGAUUGUCAUUUUGUCCUGGGUUUCUUUCUGGAUCAACAUGGAUGCUGCUCCAGCUAGAGUCGCGCUGGGUAUCACCACAGUUCUGACAAUGACCACGCAAAGCUCGGGAUCGAGAGCUUCCCUCCCAAAAGUAAGGAAAUCAUCUUGUACCACCACUUUGUUAUUAACAAGAA